AUGACCUCUGUCAUUGGAAGCGACCGUUAUGCUUAUCGCCCAACCAUCGCAUAUUCUGCUCCCGCUGCCCAUUCUCGAGCUGAGGACCCUGCUGAAACCAACGCAGCUAAGAGUCCCACCAUUACUGGGAUGAAAAGCAUCCGAGAGGAUCUUCAGACACUCAUGCUCACUCUGCAACCCCUUGCCAGGUCCCCUCCCGAUAAAGAUUUGUCCUCUGAGGACAAUCAUAUACCCGCUAUACUUCGCGAUGCUCCCAGCCACCUUCGCAGUUGGCUCAUGGACUUGAGUAGCCAGGAACAUGAUAAAAUUUAUAUGACAGUGGUUAACGAGGAGGACAAAUUGUGGGUUGAAGAGCAUUACGAAGAAGUCGUCAAGGCCAUGCCUGUUCAGCUCGAAUUGUGGGAAAACAAUAUAAUUCUACAAAUCCCUUCUCAAAUCCAUCAGUUUGCUGGUCGGGUCAUCAAGGAGGUGAUGGACAAAUAUAAAUCUGGCACCCACUCCAUCACAAUUAUGGAAACUGCUGAUGUCCCUCUUCUCGACAAGCAUUGGAAGCAGUGCGACAUCCAAAUCACCGACUUAGGGCCUCUGGCUGAAGGCACCAGCCCGGCCCUCCAAAAGGCUUACUCGUACCCUACUGUAGUUGUGGAAGUAGGGUUCUCUGAAUCUGCUGCAGAUGUAGAUUUCGAUAUUGUGCAAGCUUUGUGCUUGAUGGAGGGGAAGCUGUGGCUUGGCAUUGCAUUAAAAAUUAGCAAAGGCCAAAACCCUGUCCUCACUGUCACCAUCUUUGUGUUUGCGCCAGGCUUGAUGUCAGAAGACAAGGUUGCGGAGGCAAGGCUCAAACCCGGUCGAGUGUAUGGCCGACACGAGGGGCAUUGGGUCCCUGCUAUUUAUCAGGACCACAGGCGCUACAAUAAUUUCCUGGCCAUCGGGGCAAAGACAAUUGAAGAAGAUGGGAAAUGGGGCAAACCAGCUUACUAUUGUCUGCAAGACGAUAGCUGGGAAAUUACACGGGAUGUGCAUGACCAUGAGCAAGAUAUUAUCAUAAAGGAAGGGUAUUUUAAGCGUGUUUCGACAGACUUUGAGGCUCCUGCUCUGACGAUCCCUGCGAAAAAACUGUGGGAAAACUUGUUGAAGUGCAAAGAAGUCACAGGAUUGUUCAAAGGUGACAUGGAUCUUAUCAAAUAA